UGCCUUGUGCAAACCCACAGAGGGGGGGGGGGCGCUUUCUCUUCCUGCUACGACAACUAUAAGCUCUCAGGGAGAAGGGCCCGGAAAGCGGCCGCGCAGUCCGAGCAACAGCGACAAGGCUCCCGGGCAGGAAAAGAGCGUCUUCUCUGCUAAAAGAAAAAAGAAAAAGAGUCCCCUACAGGCUCGGAAAACAGGCGCCUUUCCUAUUUCUACACUCCCAGUUUGCUGAGCGGCGGAAGAAUUAAGGAGGCGGAGAUUCGAGGAAGAGGGCGGUGCCUCUGCCCAGCAUUGGCCCUGUGGCGAAAGACGGGGCUGAAUGCAGCAAGCGCACGUAGCUAGUCCUCAGGAGGGUCGAGGAGGAACGACGGUGCCUGGAGAGUUAGGCGCACAGGCACCGUUUGGUCGCUCCUCUGAGGGGGCGCGCGGCUUUUGCCACCCUCUUGGGCGGAACCAGUUGGCCACGGAACUGGGGGGUGGGGGGUGGGGGUGGAGAAGCUCUACAUUGUUCGUUAGGGAGGAGGGGUCUCCGCCUAGGCAACCCCUUGCGCUGUGGUCGCGUCGGGUGCCUGCUUUGCAUCCAGGUGCGUCCAGGUAGGGCAGCGCGAGGCACCUGUUCCGUCGGACUCCUCGCUGGUCCUCGAAGGACAAGAGCACAAUGCUUCAUGGUCACCUACUAUUUCUCAUUGGACUGACAUUUGCAUACAGAGAAAUGAAUGCAGAUCCUCGGUGUGCCGUAACAGGCAGGCUUGUGAACUACGACUGGUGCAACUUCACAGAGGUUCCCCCUCUGCCUGAAAACAUUGCUUUACUAUCCCUAAAUUUCAAUUUCAUCCAGCAAGUGAAUGCCACAUCCUUCCCACUGCUGGAGACAUUGUUAGUUCUGUCACUUGGAAGCCAGCUGGUCUCUCCUGUCACAGUAGGAAAAAAUGCUUUUAGGAAUUUGCCAAACCUUCUGCAACUGGAUUUAGCUUACAAUAAAAUGAUUGUGCUGGAUCCACAGGCUUUCAGGGGGCUGGGGAAGUUAAGUAACCUUCUGCUAUACUAUAAUGAUCUUAACGAAACCAUUCUGGAAAAGGAUUACUUUAAAGAUUUGGUCUCUCUGGAAUAUCUGCACCUUGCAUUCAAUAAGAUCACGAGGAUUCGCCCUCACCCUUCAUUGCGCAACAUGCACAAGUUAAUGAUUCUGGACUUGAAAUUAAACCGCAUUGAGACCAUAUGUGAGGGAGACCUCUACAGCUUUCAAGGAAAAGCUUUCACAUUGUUGAAUCUUAAUUCUAAUGGUUUGUUUAAAGGAGAUUCUCAAGACUGGGCAACUUGUGGCAAUCCUUUCAAAAACAUAGUCUUCAAUACACUGGAUGUUGGUAGCAAUGGCUGGGAUGUAAGAACAACCCAGCAAUUCUGUGCAGCUAUUCAGGGAACACCACUUGUGGGUUUGAAGAUAUCGCCUCACACCAUGGGCUCAUCGUUUGGCUUUAAUAACAUGCCAGACCCAAACAACAAUACAUUUGCAGGUUUGGCCCAGAGUGGCCUUCGCCUGCUUAAUAUUUCACAUGGCUUUAUCUUUUCUCUUCAGCCAGGUGUAUUUCAAUAUCUUGGUGAUCUGGAAUUGCUGGAUCUCAACUCAAAUAAAAUAAAUAAAAUUCAAAAAGGAGCAUUCUUUGGUCUCCGGCGCCUACAACUCCUAGACCUGUCAUACAAUCUGCUCGGAGAACUCUUUGAUGACACUUUUGACGGUCUUCAAAAUGUGCAUACUAUAGCUCUGCAACACAAUCAUAUUGGGGUGAUCGAUAGGGCUCCAUUUAAAGGCUUGCCAAGCCUUCACACUGUGAACCUCAGCGACAAUGCCCUAAAAGUAAUCUUAACACUCCCAAGUCUCAGCUAUGCUUUUUUAGGUGGCAACCGGAUACAGUCUGGAGACUACAGUAAAAUAGUGGCUAUAAAUUCAACAUAUGUUGACAUGGGAGGAAACAGGAUGGACAAUCUGGGAGACCUCUAUGAACUUCUCCGAUAUCCAGUUCCACAGUAUAUUUUGUUAAGAAAUAACCGCUUCUCCUAUUGCUACAGGUACAAUGAUAUAGCAGAAGACAACCAGUUGCUCUACUUGGAUCUUGGAGACAAUAUGUUGAAGCUUGUGUGGGAGAGAAGCUUGUGCUUGGAUGUGUUCAAGGCGUUGUCCAAGCUUCAGGUCCUGCAUCUCAAUAAUAACUAUCUUAGUUUCCUUCCAGAGGGCAUCUUUGAUGGCCUGGUAUCACUGGUUAGGCUUAACUUGGCUUCAAACCUCUUAACUUACAUUUCUCACAGUGCCUUUCCUGUGAGCCUCAAGAACCUUGACUUAUCCUCGAACCAGCUGCUUUAUCCAGAUCCUCAGCUCUUUGCAACUCUGGACAAUCUGGAUAUCACCUAUAACAGAUUUUACUGUAAUUGCUUCUUAAGCGACCUAAUUGUGUGGCUGAACCAAACCAAUGUCACCUUAGCUGGGUCACCAGAUGAAAGGUUUUGUUUUGGACCCCCUGAUCUUGCUGGCAAAACCCUUCAUGAGUUUAAUGUUGAUGAUUGCAAUGAAGAUAAGAUAUUGGAGCCUCUGCAGUUGUCGCUCUUCAUUUUUACCACCGUUGCUGUGACCCUGUUCUUAACGGCGGUGAUUGUUUUUGCUCGCUUUAGAGGAACUUGCUUCAUUUGGUAUAAGACUGUGGCAAGAGUAUUCUUGAAGGAGCAACAGCCAGCGUUGCAGGAAGAGAUCUAUAGAUACGAUGCCUACAUGUGCUACAGCAGCAAGGAUUUUGAGUGGGUCCAAAACUCCUUGAUAAGGCACCUAGACCUCCAGUAUUCUGAUAAAAACAAAUUUGCUCUCUGCUUUGAAGAGCGAGAUUUCUUGCCAGGAGAGGAUCAUAUCAGCAACAUUCGUGAUGCCAUUUGGAACUGUAGGAAAACGAUUUGCAUUGUGACGAAACAGUUUCUCAAGGAUGGCUGGUGCGUCGAAGCUUUCAAUUUUGCUCAGAGUCGGUAUUUUUGUGACCUGAAAGACGUCCUCAUAAUGGUGGUGGCUGGAUCGCUUUCCCAGUAUCAGCUUAUGAAGUAUCAACCAGUCAGAGUGUUUUUGCAAAGGGGUCAAUACUUGAGGUGGCCCGAAGACCCCCAAGAUGUGGAGUGGUUUCUAAAUGCACUUUCUCACCAAAUGCUGAAGAAGAAGGAAGUGAAAAAGAAACAGAAGAAGAAGAAGAAGAAGAAACUCAAGAGGAGGAAAUCAAAGACAUUGGAAAUGAAUGUUAUUACCAUCUCUUAGUUGGCAAUUCUAACUACCAGGCCAUUGAAAUGGCCGCAUGCAGUUCCUUAAACACACUGAGCCCUAAUCUCUCUACAUGAGCGAGGCAAAUCCUGCACUGGGAAGGCUGUGUGAGCACUCUGGAGAUCUUCAUGCCAUUUCCUCCUUCACUGCCAAGACUUUCCAAAGAUCAGUAUGUUGCACCUGAUGGAAUCUUGCACAUACCAGACUGAAAUUGAAGGAAGUUUGCAUGUUUAUAGUAACAAUUAUGUGAGCUCCAACUAUGUAAGCUUUUGUUGGUUGAAGGAUUGUUAACCAUAGAAUUGCUUAGUUAAAGGGGAGGGGGAAUCCACUACUUUGCCCAUUGACCUGAAAACAUAUUGCCAAUUGCACUACUGCCUUAGAGCACAGUGAAGUUCUCAAAGCUCUUUCCCGACUAGCUGUUCACAUCAGCACAGCUUAAUUAGGGUCCAAUCCAUUUCUGUUUGUGUACACACCAGUGGGCAUUCAUGGAACGAGGAUGUCUUUACCCUAAAAAAAAAAGGUGUUCACACCUUGGCUGGAGACGAAUUAGAAAUGGCUCAGGGACUCCAAUCACUGUGAAGCUGGUUUGGGAAACGAUGCAUCAAACCAUAGUAUCUUAUAACAAAAGUAUGGUAUAUGUAUGCAUGUUGGAUAACAUGAAUAUGUAUUAAAAACCUGGCACUGAAAAGCAGUGUGAGUGCACAGCCUUAAACUGAAACAUGAGAUAGCUUUUCAUUGUGACCUUUUCAUAUCUUAACAGAGGUGGUUACUCCUGCCUAUCUCCUGUACAAUAUCAGUAUUGAGUCAGUGAAAGAUGGUGGCCUCUUUGGUCUUUCAUUGCCCAUCAAAUGCGCAAGGCGCAGACACCUCCAGUGGGAAAGUGGCAUUGUGAUGGCAAACUCCGCUCCUCACCUAUCUAUGUUCAUUACAAUGUCCAUAGGGAACACACACACCCGAGACACACUGUGGAAUUCAUCUUGGACGAAUCAGGGCUGGAGCCUAGCCUGCUCUGCCCCACACUGAUGUUUGUCAUGUGUGGGGGAAAGCAACUAACAACUCUAUAUUAGAACUAUUUUUAUAUGUCAACUACCUCAAGGUUUGAACUGGUUUAGAAACCAAGUUCAGCACCUCUUUUAUUAUAUAGUGUACAUAAUACAGAUUAAAACAUAGUGACCAUUACAAAUUCCAGUGCCUGCCUGAAUGUAUUUCAAACAAACUACCUCAGAGCUUGAAGGACUGCACAGCAGGCAGAGGGACCCUGUGGCCUUCCAGAUGUUGUUUGACUGCAGUCGCUGACUAUUGGCUGUGCAGGCUGGAGCUGAUGAGAGUCCGGCAACAUCUGUAGGGUCACAGGUUCUUCGCCCCUCAUGCGUACAGAAAGGGAAAAUUCAAGCAAUGUCCUUUGUCCUAAAGACAUCAGGUUAUUGUACAUGUGCUUGAAUGAAUUUAAAUGUUUAGGUUUUUUGGUUCAAGGCAGAAAACUUGGGACUGCUGCUUAAUGUGAAGUUCUGAAAUCUUAAGUGCAUAACUGAGUUUAAUGACUUCCGGAGGUGCUGUGCAUCUAUAGCUGGUAUUAGUUAUGCGAUUCACAGAUGUUCAUUACCAGCUCGAAAGGGAAUGGGAACUCAGGCUAUCAGUCUUCAUUUAGUUUCUAUGAGAACAAAGGCUUGUCGCGCAGUGGCACCAGUUAUUUGGAACACCGUUCCUGUUGAAAUGAAGCUAGCGCCCUAUGACUCUUGAUAUUCCAUCGCCUGCUGAAAACCUUUUGAAGAGAGCUAAUAACAUUCGCUGUUGGUAAUUUGUUUUUGUAUUUUAUGAUCUUGCAAUUUUAUGAUGGUUUAUUGAUUUUAUGGUACACCUCCCUUAUAUGUGGUUUUAAUGAGCUGCUGGCUUAGGAAUGUUAUUGGAAGUAAAUAAAAUGGAAUAAAUCAGUCUUGCCUGA